UCCGGUCCGGUAAUGGGAGGAACCUAGUGUAAAGGAUCUUGAGCAACGCAUCCUACCUUACUUUUUACACACUCAAUCACCUUGAGUCAAGGCAUCAAGCAACGGUUUGACCUGUGGCUGAACCCAAACAAUACCUACUUUGAUUGAGAGAAACAAGCCGUCAACAACAACACUGCGCCUGUCUCAACCCAAUGGAACACUACGACUUGUUGAGGGGCAGAAAGCGCAAGUACCUCGACCGGUCGGACAGCAAGAGGGGUACUUCGAACAGCUGGUUACCCGCAACAACGAAUCUCCGUCUCACAAACCACCCCUCCAUCCCGACCGACCAUUUCCUUACCUCAUGCACGCCGGGCCCCGGAAAAGCCAGACCAAUCGCACUACCCCAUGACGAUAACCUCCCCUCCCGGCCAUCAACUCUUCCCGUCCGCGCCUCUGCGUUUCCACCCCCAGCCUUAGCCCAUUGCCGAAGGCCCGGAAAGAUGCGGGAUCGUGUCCAGCUUCCCAUCCUUUGUCCGCCGAAAACCGACUCUGCACGCCUUCAAAACGCCCCUCGACGCCAUUCUUUCCUCGGCACAACCGUCCCCCCAAGGCGCGAUACCUUCUUUCAUUGCCGGAAGAAUUACCCAUGCUUCGGCUCAUCUCGUGUCUCUGAUAUCGUGCCUCUCCACUUCCAAGAACUCGCCUGUCCACCUUCCGGCGCAAACACGAGCUCGCAUCUCGAAUCUCGGGUCCCAACCACGAGCUUGCAUAUGCCAUGACAUGGCUUCGCGACCUUUCAACAAAAUGGCAACCAAUGAAUGCACUCGUCAUCUUCGCCAGUGUUCCAUCCCGGGAAACGCUGA